UUUUUUUUAAAUCCUCGAACACGUGUUAGUGUUUUCCUGCGCGUUUUCGGUUGUUUUUCUUAUUGUUGUAACAAUAAUGUUUAAUACUAAAUGAAUUAAAAGAAUUUAAAUAUAGAAAAAAGAGAAGAAAAGGAAGCAAAACAAAAUGAAGAAUUUAACUCUUUAUAAUCAGGAAAUACGUGAACUUACAAAACGUGACUCAUUAGAGUGCAAUCAUACUUUUUGCAUUGAUCAAGACAAUGAUGAUUUUUACAUUAGUGGAGAAGAAGAUUUUUAUCGUAUACCUUCUGAUAGUAAAAAAUCAGAAGAUGUUAUAAAUACUAAUCAUUGUGGUGAUAUUAUUGGCAUGUUCACAUUUUUGAACAGAAUUUAUUAUGCCACUGACAAUGGAAAUAUGUUUUGUUUUGAUAUUCUUGAUCCUGAAAAUUUAUUAUUUUAUGAACAAUUAAAUGUCGAUUUACAUUGCAUGAAUGUUAGUCCUGAUAUGGAUAUUAUUGUCGUUGUCACAACAGAAGGACAUAUUGUUACUAUUGAUUUAUCUUUGGAAGUAUUGUCAAAGGUUGAUUUAUUUUCUUCGGAUUUUGGCGAGAAACAAUUUGUAACUGUUGGCUGGGGCAAAAAAGAGACACAAUUUCAUGGAUCAGAGGGCAAAGCAGCUGCAAAAAUAAAACAAACUGUCUUCACAAAAUCAGAAACUGAUGAUGGAAAACCAAGAAUAACUUGGCGUGGUGAUGGCACAAUGUUUGCUGUCAGUUUUAUUAAUAAUGAAUCGAAAACACGACAAUUUAAAGUUUAUAAUCGAGAAAAUGUUUUACAAUAUACGAGUGAAUUAUUAGAUGGUUUAGAGGAAAAUAUCUCUUGGAAACCUUCGGGUAAUUUAAUUGCCACCACGCAAAAACAACCGAAUAAACAUGUUGUGGCUUUAUUUGAAAAAAAUGGUUUAAAACACAGGGAAUUUACUUUACCUUCAAAUCUCAAAUUAAAGAUUAAAAAUUUACUCUGGUCGGAUGAUUCGGAAAUUUUAGUAAUUUGGUGUAAAAAUAUAGAAACUGAAGAAACACUUUUGCAAUUAUGGUGUGAGGGAAAUUAUCAUUGGUACUUGAAGCAAGUUCUUAAAUUUAAUAAAGACACAUCAGUACUUCAUGUAACGUGGAGUGGUUCUUCAAAAAAUGGCAAUAAAUUAAUAGUUUUAACAGAAAUGCAUUUAAUAUCGUAUACAUUUCAUUGGACAGUUAAUUAUAGUCGUGGUCAGGAUUCCAAUGAUAAGGCAAUUGUCGGUGUAAUUGAUGGUGAUAAAGCUUUGAUAACAAGUUUUAAAGAUGGAAUUGUACCACCGCCAAUGUGUCAAGAAAAUUUGGAAAUCAAUGGAAUGAUAAAUAAUAUUCUUUUUGCUCCACAUGAAACGACAAUGAACUCACCAAUCAAUUCAAAUGCAUUGAUUUGCAUUUUAGAUGAUUAUCGAAUGGCUCUUUAUGUGAAUUCAAAUGAAUCAUAUCUAAAAUAUAAAUUCGUCAAAACUUAUGAUAUUGAAUGGAAAAGUGAGAAUAUUUUAAAUAAAAAUAUCCCAAUGAGUCUUCAUCAUUUUUUGUGGUUUAAAGAGGAUAGCAUUUUAUGCGCUGCACCAAAUAAUUCAAUUUGCAUUAUUCGCCUGGAGGAUUUAAAUAACACUGAUGCCAAUAAAGCUGUCAUAGAGAAAGUGAAAACAUUUGAUGAAACAAUACAACAUAUUGUUCCUUCUCCAGAUAUAAAUUCAGCUUACAUUAUUGUCAAUGGCAAUGUUUUACGUUACAUUAAUAAUGAAUUUAUUCCAAUUGGUAUUAAUUUACUGGACGUUUGUAAAAAAGUUGAAAUUCUAGAAAUUGGAAAAAAACAUUUAAUUAUUUCUCUCAGUCAAAAAUAUCGUUUUUUUAUCGAUGGCAAAGAAGUGUGUAAUAAUGUCACUUCAUUUUAUGUACAUUCUGACUUUUUACUUCUUACAACUUUGCAAAAUUCUCUAAUAUGUUUUCCUCUAAAUGAAAAAGGCAUUGGACAAAUUGUCUUAAAUGAUUUGACACUUAAACCAUGGGAGAAUGGCAAUAAUGAAGUAUUACAUUCAGAAUUAAGUAUCAGACGUGUUGAACGAGGAUCAUUAUUAGUUCGUGCAAUUCCAAAAGAUGCGCAAACAAUUUUACAAAUGCCACGUGGAAAUUUAGAAUGCAUUCAACCUAGAGCACUUUCUCUACACAUAAUUGGCAUUUAUAUUGAUAAUUUAAAUUACAAAGCAGCUUUUGAUUUAAUGAGAAAACAACGAAUAAAUUUAAAUCUACUUUACGAUCACAAUCCAAAUUUAUUUUUGGAAAAUGCCAUACAAUUUGUUAAUAAUGUCAAUAAUCCAUCAUGGUUGAGUUUAUUUCUGUCAGAAUUGAAAGAAGAAGAUGUUACACAAACAACAUAUGCCAGUAGUUAUCAAAAUAAAAAAUCGCAAAAUAAUUCAAACAAAGAAAUAGAAGUUGAAGUGAAAUUCAAAGUGGACAAAAUAUGUGAUAUUUUGAAAAAUAUAAUGGAAGAAAGACAUGAUUCAAAUCGUUUUAUACAACCAAUUUUAAUAAGUUUAGUGAAAAAACAACAAACUGUUGCAUUUGAGGAUGCAUUGAAAAAGUUGAAAGAAAUAAAAAAUAAUGAAUUAUCGAUGAAUAAUGAAGAGGAACGUGUUUCAGGAGAAGAAGCUUUGAAAUAUUUAUUGUAUUUAGUUGAUGUAAAUGUUUUAUUUGACACGGCAUUAGGAAUGUAUGAUUUUGAUUUGACAAUGUUUAUUGCACAAAAAUCACAAAAAGAUCCAAAAGAAUAUGUUCCAUUUUUGAAUCAUUUAAAAAAUCUCGAGGAAAAUUAUAUGAAAUUCAAUAUUGAUAAGCAUCUCAAACGUUAUAAUAAAGCAUUAGAACAUAUUGUGAAAUUGAAUGAUAAAUUUGAGGAAUGUUUCGAAUUUAUUAAGAAACAUGAAUUAUAUAUGAAAGCUCUUAAUUUAUUUAAUUCACGAAGCACAGAAUAUAGAGAAAUUGCUAAAUCUUUUGGAGAAUUUUUUAUACGUAAAUCAAAAUAUCGAGAAGCUGCAAUUAUGUUUCAUAAAGCUGAGUGCCUUAGGGAAGCAUUAAAUGCUCACAAAUUAGCUGGAAACUAUCAAGAAGUUAUCAUCACAGUUGUUAAAAUGAAUUUAAGUUUAUCGGAAUCGUAUGAAAUUUAUGAAGAUUUGGUGAAUCGUUUAAGAGAAAAUAAAAAAUUCAAGGAAGCUGCAGAAGUAUUGAUGUACCAUUUGAAUAAAUCAGAAGAUGCUGUUGCUGUUUUGUGUGAAGGUAAAGUGUGGCGUGAUGCUUGGAAGGAAACAUAUUGUAUGAAACGGAUGGAUCUAAUUGAGACGCAUGUAAAACCUGGAGUUCAUGAGCAUGGAAGAGAUUUAAUUUUGCACAUUGAAAAAACCAGGGAAGAAUUCUGUAAAUAUAAAACACGAUUAGCUUUUAUCAGAUCAGACGAAUAUAAAAGACAAAUGCAAUUAAAAAACGAAAUUCGUUUUGAUAAUGAGCCAGACUCUGCGCAGGGAUUCAGCGAUUUGAUAAGUGAAACUUCAAGUAUUGCAGGUUCAACGGUAACGAGAACAUCUCAAUCUUCUCGAUCCUCGGGGAGAACAUAUAAAUCGAGUAAAAAUCGCAGAAAACAUGAGCGUAAACUUUUGAAUUUAAAGGAAGGAAGUAUUUUUGAAGAUUUGGCCUUACUUCGAACUUUACAUGAAAUUAUCAUCAAGAUUUACGCACAGAAAGGUGAAGUGUCCUUAGUUGCAGAGAUGCUUUUAAAUUUCAAUAAUGAAAAACUAGCAGAGGAAUUGAACAAUGUUUAUUGUUUGUUCUUAAAUUUGAUUGAGCGUGCAAAAUACGAAAUUUGGAAUAAAAAAGAUAUCGAUGAAAGACUGAGAAUGACAAAUGAUGAUUUGGAAAAUUCGCAAAAUCCACUACCGAAAAAUUUAAUUGAGCCAAAAAUAUUUUACCCUCCUGAAAUCAAAUCAAAUUCUUUGGGACUUGAUAUGUUUACAUCGAAAAAAGUAGAAAUGACUUAACUUUUUUAUAACUUAAAAGUAAGUAAAAUUUUUUUUUUUUUUAAAUAAAAGAAUGAAUUUAUUCUUAAAAUAGUUUUUAAAUAAAAUAAUGCUAUUUUUUGACUAUUACAAUUAGAUAAUUCUAUUUCUAAUUGUCAGAUUUUAGAUCUUUUUUUUGAAAUUAGAAUAGAAUUUUUUAAUUCCUGGACAAAGUCCUAUCCUUAGAUCCUUUUUUUUCGAUAAUUAGAAUUUUAUGAAAGGUAAUUAAACAAAGAAAAAUGUCGAUAGAUGAUGAAUUUAUUUACAAAAUGAUUUCAUUCCUAGAAUAUUAUAAAGGUCAGUCGGUCGAUAAUAUUACGAAAAGUUGACUAUGAUGAAAAUCAAAGGAAACGGUUUAACAUUUAGUAUCCUCUCGUUAUUUUUCUCUUUUUUUUAUGCCUUUUCAAUUUUACAAUUGUCAUUUUUAAUUCAUCUGUAAUUUUUAAAGCGUACAACGCAUGGCAUAACUUCAAUUUAAAUUCAUUCAUUUAUUUUCAAGUUGCAAUGUAUAUAUAUAAUUGCCACAUUCUUAAAACCUAUUAUUAUUUUUCCUUGAUAAUAUACAAUAUAUAUCUAUAUAAAAAUAAAAUAAACAAAAAUUGCGUGCUGUGGGCAGUGAGAGUUUUAAACUAUCGACAGAUGAAAAUUAAUUUUCUUUUAAUAGUACCAAAUUAAAAAAAAAAAAAAGAAAAGAAAAAAAAUAAUUUAAUCGAAAUUGUUAAUAUCCAUCGAUAGAUCACAGUCUCUAGCCUCAUAUCACCGACGUUAGUAAACUAAAGUCAUUACUUUUCUAUGUAGAUCAUUAAGAAUCUAAAAAAAAAAAAAAUUGUGUCUCACGUCAAAACGCCAGAUACUCUAAUUAAUGACUAUCGAUUAUUAAUUUUUUUUUUCUCAAA